AGGCCGCGGCCGGGCCGGGCCGUGUGAGGGGAGCGCGGGCGGCUCCGCCGGCCCCUUCCCCGUCCUUCGGGCAGCGCUUCCCUGCGGGAACGCCGGGCAUGGAGACCGCGGGCCUUCCCACCAAGGGGUUGAUACUACACUUAGUUACCUGGAAUGUGGGCACAGCUUCUCCCCCUCCCGAUGUCACGAGUUUACUUCAGCUCAACUCGCUGGGCUCCACCACGGAUAUGUACGUUAUAGGCUUACAGGAGGUGAAUUCAAAAAUCACGAAUUUCCUGUCUGACUUGGCAUUUGAUGAUCCAUGGAGCAUUUUUUUCAUGACUGUCUUGUCUCCAUUGGGAUAUAUGAAGCUCUCCUCAGUUCGCAUGCAGGGGUUGCUGCUCCUGAUCUUUGUGAAGCACGUGCACCUUCCCUUCAUCCGGGACAUCCACACCCACUACACCCGCACAGGCCUCUAUGGCUACUGGGGGAACAAAGGAGGAGUCAGCAUCCGCAUGUCCCUCUUUGGGCACACGAUCUGUUUCAUGAACUGCCACUUGCCAGCUCACAUGGAGAACACCGAGCAGCGACUGGAUGACUUUGAGAAAAUUCUGGAAAUGCAGUUUGAAGGAGAGGGUAUUCCAAGUCCCUUGGAUCAUAAGGUUCUCUUCUGGUUUGGAGAUCUAAACUUCCGGAUAGCAGAUUAUGGGAUACACUUUGUCAGAGAAUCAAUCAACAACAGGCGUUUCAAUCUGCUCUGGGAAAAGGACCAGUUAAAUAUGGCAAAAAAGAAGGAAGCAUUUCUGAAGGAAUUCAAAGAAGGUCCUCUGCUGUUUAAGCCCACCUACAAGUUUGACCUUUACUCAGAGGUCUAUGACACAAGAGAACAGAAGUCCCUGUUUCGGUUUAAUGAGAAGAAAAGAAAGCCAGCUUGGACUGAUAGAAUUCUGUGGAAAGUGAAAAAUAUCUAUGAGGUUGCACCAAAAGAAGGCGAAUUCCCUGAAGAAGAGAACUCAAUUUCUGUUUCUCUGAGUAACUAUAUCAGUCACAUGAGCUAUGGCAUCAGUGAUCACAAACCUGUCACAGGAACUUUCAAGCUCGAGAUGAAGCCUCUUGUCUUAGAUCCCUUGGUCACACUGAAUGCUGAGGGUGAGUGGAGCGCAGAGCACGAUGUUCUCAUCCGCUACUCUGCGGGGAGUGAAUUCCCCAGCAGUGCUUGGGACUGGAUUGGGCUCUUCCAGGUGACUUUCAGGCAUGUGAAGGAUUAUGUUACUUAUGCUUGGGUGGAAGACGAUGAAAUUUCUUCCAACAGAGACAGCAAACAAGUUUACAUGAGUGCUUCAGAAAUACCUAGGAUGGGAGGAGAAUUUUUGCUUUGUUAUUAUAGCAAUAACUUGCAGUCGAUAGUUGGCAUCAGUGAACCUUUUCAGAUUCAGCCUAGCCAAACACCAAUAGAAAAGGAUCUGCCAGAGGGAGAGAGCAGUUGGCUGCAGAAACCUGACAAUCCAGUAUCGGGUGGCAAUUCUGAAAAAAGAAAGGGCAUUUAAUGGUCCAGCUUCAGCAGUCAGAUGAUUCUUUAUGUCUUAGUGAUUGUAAGCUUUUUGCUCUUAGAAGAUGGAGUAAGACAGGUAGGAUUGCUCAGAACCUUUGGAAGCUCGUAGAAGAUAACUUAUUGUGGAAAUGGAUAUUUUUAUUCUGGGGAGAGUAACUCUCUUGCACUGGAUGAGAACUGUAAAAUAGCACUUAAGGAAUGCUGUAUGUUUUCAGGUGAUAGACAUUUCUAAUGCAAUGAUUUAACCUAAGGAGGUUGCAAUGUUUGAUAGGUUUUCAGGCUUGUUCCUUUCUUUGUAGAGGAUGUUUUAUUUACGAUGCAAUAUUUACUAUGCUGUAACCAUUUAAUGAUUUCCAAAUUUUGAGUUUAAAUGAAGUUAUUUAAAAAUUAUUUAUUAGGUACAGCUAAUUAGUUUGUUUUGAAAUUUUAUUUGACUUUCAAAUGUAAGCUAAUUACCUUUUGGGAAACACCAAUGACAGCAGGUCACAUCUGCUGACACACAAAACAAAAUCUUUGGAGUGUGUAAAGUCUCCUUUGGUAGAUCCUUCUCUUCAUGCCUUACUGAGAACUCUUUGUAGGGUUUUCCAUUUCUGAUUCUUCCAAAUUGAAAUACAUUUAUCAAAAUGCACUAUUCCUGAUUUUUCAAAUUCUUCUUUUAUAAAACAAUUAAGCAAUUUGCUUAUUGCCUUUCUCCUCCUCAUUAAAAAUGGUAAAAUAAACCCAUUUUUAUACCAGUCCCUGACUUGGAGCGAGCCAGGAUCCCACAACUUGGGAAGGAAAUUGCAGAAGUUGAGAAAUGCUUUAGCACAGAUGAGCAGCCCAUGGUUGAUGAUUUGGUAUAAUCUUAAAAAAUUUGUAAAUCUCUUCACUUUAUAGCAAUCAGUCUGCAACUUUCUGUUUUUCUAGAGGUGCUCAGACCUUUCUGUAUCCUGUGCGCUUGAGGGUGGAGAUGGAAUAAGGAAUUUCCUGUACCUUUAGGAGCCUGAAAGGUAGUUAGCUUCUGAAAAGGUCUUGUUUCUUGAGGAGGAAAUGGAGAUCUUAGGAAAGGGCACCAACAUUCCACAGAAUCUCAGACUGCAGCGCUGGGACAGAGCACUUGGAGCCUCCCGUGUUCUGUGUCCACAGCUCCCUCCCAGGUGUGCUGAGCAGGGUUUAGUCACUCCUCCCUGGCACAGGGAUAGAAAAGAGCAGAUUGGGUUCAAGUGGAAGAGCGAGGGAUGUUCAUGCUGGAAUUCUGCUUCAGAGCUGAGUGGAUUUCUUUUUGCUGUUUUUCUCAAGGCCUUCUUUUUUUCGGGGUUGUUUUGAGAUAGAAAGUUAACAGCUUGAUAGGAUAUUUGUUUUGCUUUUAUCAUUCACUGUAUAAAAUCCUUUGAGGUCCAGGUGUCUUUGUGUCCUGUUGAAGCUCUGACAUAGGUUUCUGGUUAGGUAGUUGCAGUGGGCUUUAGGAACACUUGGCCUCUGUAGGUUUUAGUUGUAUCUCAGCUUGAUGCUUGGUGUUGGGAACUGUUCCCAGUUGUGAGUAGUGAGGGCAGGUUCAGAGGAUACUGCGUUCAUUGCAUGGAUUAACGCUGCCUCGAGGUUUACAGUUUGUACAUUCCUGUUACGCUUUGGAACCAUAUUAGAAACAGUUUUCCCAUUUAUACUGGUCUCCCAAGAAUUUGUUUUGCACUGAAUCUUUCAGAUAUGUGACUUCUCAUGGCAAUUAGGGCAUCAGAAAAAUCCCUGCUUUGAACUGCAGUACCUUCUGCAGUUCCUGAGUUGUGCUCUGUCUCUGGUUUCACUGGUGUAACUCUGACCGUUCUCCAUGCAAGGAGAUUCUGUGGAGAGCCCGAAGAACAGUGGGCUUUGAAUUCCAGACCACAGCUGGAGAUUUACUGUGGACCAAGAUCCAGUUUCUUCUAAGCAGGGUGCAUCCGCUGGGCAGGAGCAGCUCAGUGGGAGCCAUGCAGCUUCUUUGCAGGGGCAAGACACUCGAGAUCCUUUGUGUUUGUGGGAGCUGAGAACCCUCUCUCACUGGACACAGAAGCUGCAUUUUGUAAAUUGAUCCUUUGAACCACGAGACUUCCCGGAAAAUGCCCCCAGCAGCUGGAAUUGGAACUGCUUGUGUGUAAGGAGGAUGCUGCACAGAACUCUGCACUUCUCUCUUCAGUGUUAUGCACACAGAGGCACUUUCGUUUACUACUGUUACCUAUGGUAGCUUUUCAAACUAUUCCAUGACCUGUAAUGAUGCAAUUUCUGAUGAAAUUUAUCUUUUCUUAGAACACCUUUAAUUGGAUGUUAUAAUCACUGGAAAUGUUUUUAUACUCAUGUGUUUUUCUUUUCAUGUACCUCUAAAAUAAAUCCUGGCAGUGAAGUGUU